AGUUCAAGUAAAGACAUGCGUGUACUAAAAUUAACACUAUAACAAAUUUUAUUUAUUUUGCAGAUAUUAAUGCAUAUUGAUCAUCCUUUGGACAGUAGCAGAUUCGUCCUGUUUUUCUUAUGUGUACAGUUUCAUUUGUACGUUAUCAGUCUGUUCGGGCAAAUCAUACUGAAUCACAGUACAAUGUUAGCAGAAAGAAUGUAAGUAGCUGCAGAAAGAAUAGAGAAUACUCGAAUAAGAAGAAGGGAUUCAAUGAGAUGUUUUUUAUGUCUGAAUUGUAUAGAUACAACUGCAACUGGUACGAGGCACCGAUCAAGUUUCAGAAGUUACUUUGUUUCAUGAUAGCGAGGAGCAGCAAACCAUGCAUUCUGAGCGCAGGAGGACUCUAUGACAUGAAUAUGGAGAACUACGGAAAAGUAUGUAUCGAUUACGUUCGAAAAUUUGUUACGCAACUAUACGCGUUAAUGGACUUUUUCUUGACAAAAGGCAGUGAAAACGUGCAUGUCAUAUUUUACGAUGUUUCUGUCAAUGCGGGAAUGAUGUGCCGCGCCACUUGAAGCCAUCUUGACAAUGACGAUGCAAAUGCAACGCUGAAGAAACUUGCAAGCAAACUUGCUAGGUCUCCAAUUUCUGGGAGGACUGACUUUUUUAUCGCAAGCAAUAUUUGUCUAUUGAUCAGUGAUUUGAUGCGAGAUGUUUGGGCAAUACAAAUAUUUUAUCGUGAAGACUGUUCAAAAUUAAUACAUUACUAGGUGAAAACGUAACAAUUGUUUGGGGACUACCUAAAGCUAAUUGUUUAGCUUUAUGCACAAUAAUAGUUGCAUUAUGUAUCAAUGUUAUAAAACUGAAUGUCACUAAUUAACUUGAAGCUUUCGAGCACCACUUCAAGAAUGCUAUCUACAGUCGUAACUGACAUGAAUAGUAAUGUACAAUUUUCUAUAUGCAACUGUCUAAGUGUAAUUAACGUUGUUGAACAUGAACUGUUGCUAUGUGUUAUUGUGAUGAAACUGGUACGAUAAAAAAUUGUUUCAUCAGAUCUUCCUCUAAUAUUUGAAUGCAAGUGUUUCUCGUGUGAUGCACAAAUUCGGAAUUAAUUCUUGAAACAAGAGAGAUUUAAAGGAGUAACUCACCACAGUUACAGUGCGUUCACUAUAAAACCUAAUAUUCACUGAUUUGAAAUAAACUUGCUACUCUUCGAAUGGAGUUGGUUAGAAGACACGAAGCGGACUACGUAUAUACAUUGUUCCACUUUAUAAUUUCAAAAUGAUAUGUUUCCCUGCCAGGAGCCCGCCAGAAACACCGGGUAGCGAGUACUUCAAAACCACCUGCUCAUCCCACGAAUGUUCUUCAACCCCAUCGCAGUUAGUUCAUUGAUUAUUUAAUACAAUCAACAUGUUCCGUUGUCUUACAUAUCGCGAAUGAAUUUACCGCGACACCAACACAAUAAGAAAAAGUAUGACUGUCAGUUGACGAACAGGACCAGCACCGCAAUUGACUCUUUGGGUUAAGAGCUGGUGGAAAUAUCGACCGCCGUACUCCACCAGAUUCCUUUAAUUUAUGUAGCAGAGCAAUUACGACAGAAAGUGACGAGUUAAUGACCGUAUAAAGAAAACCAUGCAUUCUGUUUCCAAAGUAUUUUCAUCGUUUACCACCGCCGGUAGAAUUAUCGACCCUUGCACUCCGGCAGAUUCGCCUGAUUUAUGUAACAGAGCGAUUUUAACUGAAGGUGACGGGUUAAUGACCGUAUGAAAAAAACCGCGCUUCCCUUUCGCGAAAUAUUUCGAUCGCGACGUUCGCACUACCGGUGUUAAAAAUGCCGCACACGGAGACAGAAAACAUUACACGCGGUACUUACUUUAAUUCAUUCUCGAUCCAGUUAAACCGUGUAGUAACUAUGCGAAUGUUCACUCAUUCAUCACAAACCGAAGUUAUCUUUGUAUUUUCAUUUUUCGUGAAAGUAACGAUUGACUGUAACGUACUCAUACGGUCGCUAGUAAUUUUGUUGAUCGAUUGUGGAUAUUCAGUAUUUCAGAAUGAACAAGUAGAAGCUACGGGAGUAUUCGAUCUUUAUUACUACAAACCGCUUAAAAAGUAUUUAGUGUCGCUCGGGUUGAAUCCGUACGUCGAGAGUGUAGGGAGCAACGUCAAACACACUGUGGUGGUCUGCACCAUAAUCUCUGGCUUGAUAGUACUGGUAAAACAUUUACAAUCACAGUAUAAAAUUGGAUAUUUUUAAAUUUUUACAAUUGCAAAAUAUUAUCACGCACUUCGCAGUGUCUACAGUUAAUUGUAGUAAUCAAGGCAAAGGACGUUGAUAAAAUAAUCGACCAAAUACCUGACAUACUCCUGAUGAUCACAAGCCUAAUUAAAUAUGAGAACGUUGUACUGCACAAAAAACGCGUACGUAUAUCUGUAACCUCUAUCUGUUCAAAAUCUAACUGUUCUAAUAUUUACAGUUUCAAGUACUGCUAAAUUCUAUUCUGAACGACUGGAAGCAGUGGACAAAUGAACUACCGGUGCUGGAGAAGACGACCUCGCAGGCGGGUAAAAUAGCCCGCUCAUACAGAAGUAUAUACAGAAGUAUAGCAAUUUUUAUAGCAAAUGUAAAGUGUAUUUUACAAUGAAAACUUUACAGACACCCUAGCGGGGGCCACAAUAUACUGCAUAUAUUCUCCACUGAUGAAUCCUACUCUGGAUUUAAUUAUUCCACUGAACGAAACUCGUCCAAAGGAGUUUCUGUUCAAGGCUUCUUACGCGUUUAUAGAAGUUGAUGAUCAUUUUAUCAGCGUGUUUCUUCAUUUGAGUUGGAUCGCGAUCGUGACGGUCUACUGUAUCGCAAUCGUGGAUUCGUUAUACAUAUUAAUCAUUCAUCACGUUUGUGGAUUGUUUGACGUGUGCGGAUAUCAGAUCGAAACAGCAACACAAGACCCUGAAUUGCGGUACGAUCAGUUCAAGCAAUGCGUGAUGACUCAUCAUAAAGCUCUGAUGCUUUUCGACAAUCUACAGGAAUGCAGCAAGAACAUGUUUCUUGUUCUGGUUGCGAUAAACAUGACGCUCAUCAGCAUGACAGGCGUUCAAAUACUUAUGGCUGUGGGUAAACCUCAUGAAAUGCUCAGAUUUAGUCUGUUCUUUUUAUGUGAACAUAUCCAUCUGUACAUCAUCAGUUUAUUUGGACAAAUCAUACUGAAUCACAGCGCAAUAUUAGCGGAAAGAAUAUAUAGUUCCGACUGGUACGAGAUACCCAUCAAGUUUCAGAAGUUACUUUGCAUAAUGAUACUGAGGUGCAGUAAACCAGUCAAUCUGAACGCGGGAGGUCUCUACGAUAUGAACAUGGAGAACUAUGGAAAAAUUAAAAUAUUGCUAAAUUUUAUUCUGAACGACUGGAAGAUACUGAGAGAUGAACUACCAGUGCUUGAUAGAAUUACUGAACAAGGGAGUAGACUUGCACACAUGUACAGAGUCACCUUAAUGUGGGCCACAAUAGGCUUCAUAUACAUUCCCCUAAUAAACCCCACAUUGGAUUUAAUAAUACCUCUAAAUGAAACUCGUCCAAAAGAACAACUAUUCGGUGUGUGUUACGUAUUCAUAAACCCUGACGAUUAUUUCACCGCUGUUUUUCUUCACAUGGGUUGGACCACGUGGGUGACGGUGUACAAUAUCAUUACAGUAGAUUCGUUAUACAUAUUAAUCAUUCAUCACGUUUGUGGAUUGUUCGACGUAUGCGGAUACCAGAUUGAAACGAUUUUCAAACGCAGUAAUUUGCAACACUAUCAGUUCAAGCAAUGCGUGAUUCAUCAUCACAAAGCUCUGGAGUUUUUUAAUUACCUGCAGGAAUGCAGUCAGAAUAUGAAUUUGAUGCUGGUCGCGAUAACCAUGAUACUCAUCAGCACGACGGCCGUCCAAAUACUUAUGCACAUGGAUCAGCCGCUUGACAGUGCCAGAUUCAUCCUGUUCUUUGUGUGCUCACACAUUCAUUUGUACAUCAUCAGUCUGUUCGGGCAAAUAAUACUGAACCACAGCAAAACAUUAGCAGAAAGAAUAUACAGCUGCAACUGGUACGGGAUACCGAUAAAGUUCCAGAAAUUACUUUGUAUAAUGAUACUGAGGUGCAGUAAGCCCGCCAUUUUGAGCGCCGGAGGACUCUAUGACAUGAACAUGGAGAACUAUGGAAAAGCAGUGAAAGCGUGCAUGUCAUAUUUUACGAUGUUUCUGUCAAUGAGGGAGUGAGUGUAAACCUGACAAUAUCAACUAAUGACGAUGAAACGGUUGUUACCGAUAAAACUAUCAAAAAUGGAAAUGAAAAACGCAGUGCAUAUU